AUGUCAAGCACACAGUACCUGGAUACUGAGCUCCUAGCCGGACUGUCUCUGGGCUUUGGCACUCCUUCUAUCAGUUCAUCUCUGAAACCGUUUGAUGGUGUGAUACCUAACGUCAUCGCGCUGCCAUAUGGUCGAUGUCCGCCAUUCCACAUCAGAGCGCCGAGCUGGCGAAACCUACUCAAGCUCAUGGCGAGAUUGAGCGGGACGCGGCUAGAGCCAACUAUGGAAGCUUUAGCGGUUGUGAAGACCGAAAUGAAGCUGCGAAUAGUGGUGUCAUUUGUCAAGGUUCACCACGCAUCGUCAGAUUGGCACACAGUGUUGUACAUGACGAUUGAUCACCCCGUUCCUGCCAACGCGCCCACGGGAUGGAAGUACCGCAACGGCGAUACGAAUACCCUCCCAUUCUCCUAUACCCUCUCGCAGCUUCCGGCGUUCCUCCGCGACGGCGCAGACUCUCCCCUGUCGAAAUUCUACACCAUACCCGCCAGCAACGAGGCGCCCUUUCCCGUUUUGCCGAUCAGCUUCCCCAAUCUCGCGACCUACCUCGCGUCCGCGCUGGAGAACGCGCGCGACGCCAUACGUGACAGCUCGAGCGGCGUGCGGCGUCUGGCGCAGUACGUGGACCAAUUCUACCCGAACGAUCGGGCCGCGUUGGAUGACGCCCCUGAGCGCGUGGGCAUGCGUCGGCGACUCAAGAAUCUCGUGGGCAUAGGCAGCAAGCCUCAGAGGGACCGGAACGCGGAGGUGUACGAGCUCGUCACACCAUUCGUGGCCGAUGAUUACGGGCGUUGA